GGGGUUGUGCAGAACCCCCCAGCCCUGUGUCUCCCUCGGGGUCUGUCACCGCGUACAGCAGGAAGCUGCCGUGAAGUGCGGUGAACACGAUGCUCUUAGCCAUGGUGUGGUUUCAUUCCGCUCCGCCCUGCCCGCCGCGCCGGAACGCGUGGUCGUGCCCGGAACGCGUGUUCGUGCCCCCGCUUCCGGCCGGAGAGAGCAGGGACGGACCCGCAAUGGCGGCGGCCGCGCGGGUGUUCGCCUUCCGCGAUGCGCGCUGGGCCCCGGACCCGGUGCUGGUGCCGAGCGCGGCCGUGCGAGCGCCGCAGCCGGUGCCGCUGGUCAUCGACAACGGCUCCUUCCAGACGCGGGCGGGAUGGGCCUCCGCCGACCCUGCCGUCCCCGCACAGCCUCUGCUGCGCUUCCGCUCGCUGGCGGCGCGCAGUCGCGGGGCCCGCGGCGGGGCCGGCGCCGAGACGCAGGUGGGCAACGACCUGGGGAGCCCCGAGCCGCUGCGGUGGCUGCUCCGCUCGCCCUUCGACCGCAACGUGCCCGUCCAGAUGGAGCUGCAGGAGCUGCUUUUCGACCACGUGUUCCAGCGCCUCGGCGUCGCCUCGCAGGGUUGUGUUGAUCACCCCAUUGUGUUGACAGAAGCAGUGUGCAAUCCUCUGUAUUCAAGACAAAUGAUGUCAGAGCUCCUCUUCGAAUGCUACCAAGUGCCAAAAGUCUCCUAUGGUGUAGACAGCUUGUACAGUUUUUACCACAACAGAAGGCAGAACUGGCCCUGCAGUGGUUUGGUCAUCUCUUCAGGUUAUCAGUGUACCCACAUCUUGCCAGUCUUAGAAGGCAGGCUGGAUGCUAAAAACUGCAAACGUAUUAACCUUGGAGGGUGUCAGGCAGCUGUGUAUCUCCAGCGCCUCCUCCAGUUGAAGUACCCAGGACAUUUUGCUGCCAUCACUCUCAGUCGCAUGGAGGAAAUAGUGCAUGAGCAUAGCUACAUUGCAGAGGACUAUAUAGAAGAGCUGCAGAAGUGGCGAUCCCCAGAGUACUAUGAGAACAACAUGCACAAGAUGCAGCUGCCUUUCUCUAACAAGCUACUGGGAAGCACUCUGACAUCAGAGGAGAAACAGGAGAAGAAGCAGCAGCAGCUGCGUCGGCUUCAAGAGCUCAAUGCACGUCGUCGAGAAGAGAAGCUGCAGCUCGACCAAGAGAGGCUGGACAGGUUACUCUAUGUGCAGGAGCUUCUGGAAGAUGGUCAGAUGGAUCAAUUCCACAAAGCUUUGGUGGAGCUAAACAUGGAUUCUGCAGAAGAACUUCAGUCUUACAUCAACAAGUUGAGUCUGUCUGUUGAACAAACGAAGCAGAAAAUCCUACAGGCAGAAGUCAAUGUUGAAGUAGAUGUUGUGGACAGCAAGCCAGAGACUCCUGACUUGGAUACAUUGGGCAGUGAGCAGUCCCUGGAGGAUGUGGAAAGCAUUAAUGAGUUUGAACCUUUAUUUGCUGAGGAACAGCCUGAAGUUGAGAAGCCUGUUGCUGCAGUGCAGCCUGUGUUUAACCUGGCAGAGUAUCACCAGCUUUUUCUUGGCACUGAAAGAAUCAGAGCUCCAGAGAUUCUUUUCCAGCCCUCCCUAAUAGGAGAAGACCAGGCUGGUAUAGCAGAAACCAUGCAAUAUGUCCUCGAGAGGUACUCAAAAGAACAACAAGCUGUUCUUGUCCAGAAUGUUUUCCUCACUGGUGGAAACACAAUGUACCCUGGACUGAAGGCCAGAGUCGAAAAGGAACUCCUUGAAAUGAGGCCCUUCCAGUCAUCUUUUCAGGUUCACCUUGCUGCCAGCCCUGUUUUAGAUGCCUGGUAUGGGGCCAGGGAUUGGGCAGUGGAAUACAUGACCCGUGAGGAAGGCUGGAUUACCAGAAAAGACUAUGAAGAAAAAGGAGGAGAAUACCUCAAGGAACAUUGUGCUUCAAAUGUUUAUGUCCCCAUCCGCCUGCCCAAGCAGGCUCCGAGGACAUCAGAGGUCAAAAAGCUCUCCCAGGACAUGGAUGUUGAAGCAGCAACAUCACACUGGACUGUGAACAACCCCUUUGGAGGCACUGUGCUGUGUUGUGGAUGUCCCAGAGCUGCUGUGAUGGCCCCAAGCUGUGCUGCAGCAGCCGAGGGCUGGGACAGGACAUUGCUUCUGGCCAGCAAGCCCAGCUCUGCCUCCUGCUCUAGGAGAGCAGUUUACUGCAGCUCCACGGGACAGACAAAGGCAGAGAGCCCUGGAUCCUGUGGUGUGGGGGCCUUGGGCUGCUUUCAUCCAGCUCCCUGGUGGCAGAGGGCCAUGGGCUGCUCUCACUGCUGAGGAAACAAUGGAGAGGAAAGCUUUGAUUUCAGCAGUGAUGGACACCCUCCUGCUCAAGGGUGGUGCAGAUGGAAGGAACUGGGGGCUGGGGGCUCUUUUUGUUGGUUAUUUUUUGGCUUUUAUCCUUUGUUAACCACUGCUAACUUCUUGUUGUGGGAAGUGCUGUGAGCUCUCUUUAGGUUUUGUUUACGUGCCUGGCUGACACUGUUCACAGCAGGCCUUUAGUGCUCAGCCCCAGCAGUGUCCUCUGGCUUGGGAACAGCAGAGUUGAGCCCAACUCCUCCAGGGCCUAUCCAGCCAGGCAAGGAAGGCUGGCACCACACAGCUCUGGAAUUUUCUCUUGCCUCAGGAAGGCAAAUCACAGAAGCAGUCAGGUUGGAAAAGGCCUUAGAGAUCAGGCCCAGCCUCUCACCCAACAUUAUCUAAUUAGCUAAACCAUGGCACUAAGUGCCUCAUCCAGUCUCUUUUUAAACACCUCCAGGGAGGGUGACUCCCUGGGCAGCCCCUUCCAGUGCCAAUCACUCUUGCUGUGAAGAACUUCCUCCUAGUAUCCAGCCUAAGCCUGGCUGUAAUGGGCUGCCCCACGUCACUGACUUCUGCCCAGCAUCUGCUCUCCCCAGCCGCAGCAGCAGCAGACAAAGCAGCAGCUCCUGCUCAGGCAGCAGCAGCUGAUGCUGAAGAUGCAAAGAACUUGGCAUUUAUGGGUGUACAGGGUUAACCCUCCAGGGGGAGUAACCUUGAACCUGACCCUAGGUGGUCUUGACCCCUCCCCAGGGGUGGGUCUGAACGCUACCAGGUGAUGGUUAGCCCACUCUCUCUUCCUGUCUAAAGGUCCAUAAAAGCAGGGGGGGUUCCUGUUUGUCUCUCUCUGCACUCCCUGCUUACCAGCAUCACCAGCCUGUUCCUGGUUCUCUUCGUUUCACCAUGUGGCCAUCACCCACGAGGCAGACAAAGCCACCACCAUCACAAUAUGAUUGUAUUUAUACCUUUUGUAUUUGCUUUCCCUUCCCUGUACCUUUUGUAACUUCCCUACCUCAGAUACCUUUUUAAGUUAUUGUUAAACUUUUCACUUCCAAA